CUUUGCUGCCAUUGGCUGCUGUUUGUUUUCAUCCAAACGGACGGCGCAACAAUUUUAACGUAACUCGCUCUGUUGUGUUGGUAGCUCAUUCAAACACAUUACCAAGAGAAACAUUUUAUAUAAACAUGCUACAUAAGCCAUAUGAACGAUAGAUAAUUAAAUGUACUUUCUCCAUCAACUGUGUUUAGAGCAGCAUGUAGCUGCUAGCUGACUUAUUUUUAUUCCGACCGAAAAAAACAAGUGUGGUGAUAACCUGUUUUAUUGUUUUGGUUUUGUUUGUUAACCAGUAAUGUACUUCGGUUUAAGCUGAACCUGCAAUAUGGAAGCAGAAGUCGAGUUUUUGCGUGAUCAAGUCCACAGGCUUAACUCUGCUCUGAGCCAGUAUCAGCAUGGGGAACAUGCUCCAAUCAAAACAACUGAGAUUGAAGGGGAACAGAAGGCUGAUUUUGCUUCUCCCUGGCUCUCAGAUAAAAGUGUAAUGGCUCCAUUGAUUGCUCAGUAUGAUCGGCACAUUGAUGAGAUGAGUGAACAGCUGCAGAAAUACCAGGCGUCCAUGGCCGAUGUCAAAGCCAAAUUGGAAAGUGUUGUCCAAGAGAACGAGAGACUCCAUGCAGAACUGAGGGAAUCAGUGGAGAAGCAGCUUGAGUCACCAUCCAAGACGACUGCAGUGGAGUUGAGCACAGUGGAGGACGAAGCAGUCAUUCUAAACCUCCAAGAACAAGUCAAGCUGUCUGAACAGGAGCGGAUGCAGGCAAUGGAGUUGUGGCAGACCGCAGUACUGGAGCUUGAUCAACUCCAGGAGUUCUACCAAAAGAGUCUCACUGAUGGACAGAAUGCCGAUGCUAAGGAACAGCAGCUCAAGGAUCGGAUUGUGCAGUGCCACCAGAGUUCACACAAACUCCAAGGGUCCAACCAGGAACUACAGUUGACCAACCAGCAACUUGUGAAGACUGUGACUGAGCAGAGCACAGAGAUUGAAGGACUACAUAGCCAGCUCAGAUUGAGCAAAGCUGAUCUUAGAACUGCCACAGGCAAAGUGGAAGAGUUGACCAAACAGCUGCAAGUUUUUCAGCACCAACUAAAGAGACAGGAGGAAGAUGUGGUUGCGGUUCAAAGACGAGAAGAAGCAGCACAGAGACAAAUCCAACAGCUUCAGUCAACCAUCAGCCAGCAAGAAGCAAGGCUCAAAACAACGUCUCGGGAGGCAGUGGGUGUCCGAGGAGAGCAAACCGUGUUGGAGAAAACAGCAAGCAGCCUUAAGGCCCGAUGUGCUACCUUGGAACAGGAGAAAUAUGAGGCUCUUGAUAAAGUCCGAGAGAGUGUGCAGGUGGCUGAGGAAGCAGUGCUGCAGAAGAAUGAGGCGGUGCUAAAAGAGAAGCAAAUGAUAGAAGAGCUCGAGCAGACAAAGAAAGUCAUCCAACAGCUGAUCCACGAUGCUGCUGUGCGCACCAGAAAAGAGGUGGAUAACGUACGCAAGCAGUGCAACAUUGAACUCCGUGGAAUGGCUGAGCAGCUGUCUUUAUUGCAAUUGGAAUGUGCAGAAAAAGAAUCUCUGAUCGAGAGGUUGAAGCGAGAGAGGAAAUCGCUAGAGGAGGAACUAUCCAAGGUGGUAAAGGAGUGCCAGGCAGAACCACAAGUUGGCAAAAUGGAUGCUCUUCAUCAUAGGUGUCUGAAUGCAGAGAGGAUGAAGGACGACGUUAGCAUCACUUUGCGAAGUACCCAAAGCAAACUCAAGAAGAUGCAACUGGAACACAAUGAGGAGUUGUCCCGCGGCCAGGAGGAAGUGCAACGGCUACAGGGUUGUUUGGCUGCAGCCCGGGAGGACUGUGUCAAAAUCAGCGAUGAGCGCCUUCAGUUGCAGCAGGAGAACCUGCAGCUCCAAAGGAAAAUGGAUGAGCUGCGAAAAACUUCCAUCCAGGUUCACAAGAAGGCCAAACAACAGGUUUGUCAGAUGGAUCAAGAGUACAGCGUGAAGGAGAAGACGCUUAAAGCACAGAUGAUCGACUUGGAGGAGAGCAGUCGCAACUCAAACGCUGACUUGAUGCGUCUUCUCACAGCCCAGCAGAAAAGUAUUCAGCGCUGGAAAGACGAGGCAAAGAACAUGGCGCAGACCUUUGAAAAUAAAAUCAAAACUAUGAAGGCAGAGCUGAGUCAGUACAAGCAACGCUGCCAUGAGUUAGAUUUGCAGCUGGGAAAUAAACACGACACAAUAGCAGAGUUCGAGAGGCAAUUGGCAGAAUACCAGGACAAAGCUCAUCGCCUCCAAAGACAACUCAUUCAGGUGGAGCAACGUGCAAGUUUGUCUUCACAUCAGAUUACAGUUAUGGCAUCGAAGCAAAGAAAAUUGGACUUCAGCGACUCAAAGACUAAAGACCAAGAAUAAUGGAAGCCUUUAGUAUCAUUUGUAUAUAUAAAUAUAUAUUUUUUAAUCCGUCUAAUUUAAUGGCAACAGGUUACAGUUAUUUUGACUAUUAGUCUAUAAUGUACAUGAUCUCAUGUUAGAUGAAAGUACUGUACUACGAUAUCAAUGCUAGGAAACAUCGUUUUCAUAAAGUACUUUCCACUAUAUAUAUAUAUAUAUAUAUAUAUAUAUA